GGCUAUGGCUAUGGCAAAGAACAUUCGGGUCUAUGCGUUGAUGAUCAUUGGAGGGCUUGCAUUGAGCUGCAAUGCCGCGACAUACAUUGUCGGAGACACUUCUGGUUGGGAUAUCAGCACCGAUCUCGACUCUUGGUCUCAGGGCAAGAGGUUCUAUGUGGGAGAUGUUCUUGUGUUUCAAUACUCGUCGUCGCAAAGCUUAAACGAAGUGACGAGAGAGAAUUACAAUACCUGCAACACCACCAACGUUCUAAAAGCCUACACAAACGGAAACACUACCGUCACGCUGUCGCAGCCCGGACAAAGAUUCUUCGUUUCCGGCAACAGGUUGCUUUGUCUCGGCGGAAUGAAGAUGCAAGUCAAUGUCGAGAACAACCAAUCAUUCUCCCCGGCCGCUGCUCCUCAGCCACCGCCGCAAUCUGACGGCCUCCCUCGGCCCUCUUCCAAAACCGACAACGAUGGCGUUCCGAGCGGCUCGACUCGGCUCGUGAUCGGUGGAAAAGAGGCACUUGGGAUUGUCUUUGCGUGCUAUGUCAUCUCCUUGGCCUUUAUAUAAUAUUUGAGUUUUUAUUUGUUUUAUAUUAUAUGAUUUAUAUUGGAUAAUUUUUGUUAAAUGUUAUGUUUUGAUAUUAUAAUUAAGUUUUUAUUUAUUUGGGCCGAACUUGGAAGCCUAAUUAGAUUGGGGGCAUUGGGCUUCUUCAAGGACGAGCCCAGCCGAAAGCCUAGCGGCGGAAACAGAAACCCUAAUUCCAGUACUCAGUUACCUCUUCCCCCCUAUUUAAACCCACCAAGCACAACCAAUCUCUUAUCAUCGCUUCAGUCACCAUUCUUUUGAUUUCAGCGGCGGCCACAGUUUUCAGGCUUAGAUUCUUCGAUUCUGUUGCUUCUUAGCUCCGUUUGAAAAUUCUGGAUUCUCCAUCUCUGUUCGGAAUUGUUUGUGUUCUUGAUAGAUCGACUUGUUUAUGGUAUUCUGUGAUGCUUGAUGAACAGUUUUAGGUUUUCUGAGUUUAUUGAGAUCCAGCAAUGGAUGAAUUUCACUGUUUUCUGAUUAUAUGUGUGAAUGGUGGCUUUGAUGAUUUCCUAAAAGAUCAAGCUCAACAGACCGGAAUGCAGGUUUCUUUUUGAAACUUGCGUGUCGAUUACUUUCGAAACUGAGCCAUCUCCUCUGUUUUUGUGUUUUCAUUCUCUGUUUGAAAGAAAUCAGGCUGGUUUUGUUUGUUGUUGUGUUUCUUUUGGGAAAGGGAAGGUUACAAUGAGGAUAAAGAAGCUCCCUCUUCUGAUAUCCAUUGAGGAGAAUCUGCUGGCAGAAUCGAACCUAAUAAUCUCCAUUGCCUUCUGAGUAUGCCAAUCUCUUUUCCAAUUUUUUCAAACUUUUCCAAAUUGUAAUUUCAAGUCUGUUUUCGUUGGGGUUAGAUCGAGCUUUGUUCUCCUUUUUUUUUUUUUGUUUGUUUGUUUGAAUUGUUUAUUUUUAUGAUAAUUUCAAGUUUUUAAUGUUCGUCAAGUGAUGAAAUGAGGAAUAAUCUUAGGACACCUUCCUACACAGUAAAGCCAUGCUGUGGAUGAGAACAAAAUUUCCUUUCUGAUGAUGAUUGAAACAUAUAUCCAUCUGGGUUUUUGAAGCUUUAUAAAAGAAAGCUACAAGAUCACGUCUUUUUGGUAAGUGUACAGUCUGAACUAUCUAUGUCUUGGAUAGAAUGUAUUGAAAUUUGCUGAUGAAAUUGGGGUCGAUUAUAUUUCCUU